UGCGCCAUAUGUUCUGUGGGUCGUUACUGUUUACUACCAUUACUAGCACUUUAUCGAUUGCUUAGUAGAACCAAAAUCCAUGCUCUUUAUUUACUUUCUUUCCAUAGAUUUCUCCAUACACACUCAAGCAACCUGAUCCUUUCCACUCUACACGCAAAAGCCAUAAAAUUAAAGAACGACCAAAGCAGAAAUGAAGGCUGUCAUGUCACGCUUGCAGCUGCAUUCAAAGGCCUCAUUUCCCAGGCUCUGUUGGCUGGUUGUGUUGAAAAAUGGGAGAUCAUUGUCUAUAAGAUCUGAUCAAGUUGAUGGUGAGGAAGCAGAGACAGUAGAAUUGAAAACUCCUCCAACAGAGAAGCUACUUGUUUUGGGAGGAAAUGGUUUUGUUGGUUCACAUAUAUGCAGAGAAGCUUUAGGCCAUGGUUUGAUCGUAUCCAGUCUUAGUAGGUCUGGUAGAUCAUCUCUACCUGAUUCUUGGGCUGACAGCAUAGUCUGGCAUCAAGGAGAUUUGCUUUCACCUGAUUCCUUAAAGCAUGCACUAAAUGGAGUAACCUCCGUGAUCUCAUGUGUUGGAGGUUUUGGCUCAAAUUCUUAUAUGUACAAAAUUAAUGGAUCUGCAAAUAUAAAUGCUAUUAAAGCUGCCUCAGAGCAAGGUGUUAAAAGAUUUGUCUAUAUAUCUGCUGCUGAUUUCGGUUUGAUAAAUUAUAUACUACGAGGAUAUUAUGAAGGAAAGAGGUCAACUGAAGCUGAACUAAUCAAUAACUUUCCAAAUGGAGGUGUUUUUCUUAGGCCUGGUUUCAUACAUGGGAACCGCCGUGUUGGAAAUAUGAAGUUACCUUUAAGUAUAAUUGGGGCUCCACUUGAGAUGGUACUCCAACAUGCCAAGCUACUGACCCGAAUCCCACUCAUCGGUCCUCUUUUUAUACCUCCAGUUCAUGUUAGUUCAGUGGCAAAGGUUGCUGUCAGAGCUGCAACAGAUCCAGCUUUCCCUCCAGGCAUUGUUGAUGUGUACAGUAUACUAAAGCAUAGCCGAUAAGCUCCAGUUUAAGCCUUAAUUAUUUAGUCUUUGUUUGAAAAUUUUGUUUUUGUUGCUUUUUGAUUUAUCAAAAGAAGCCUUAGAUAUCUCUGUCUAAUUAUGGAAAUAUCACUAUAUAUGUUGAUUGUGUUGAAAUGCAAGUAUGCAGCUCUAUGCUUGAAAGUUAUAGAAUUUCAUCCCAUUCCAAAAUAAGAUUGAUUUUAUUCUCUU